AUGAAGCAAGGGAAGUGCAGCAAGCAUUUUCCAAAGAAGUUCAAUAAUCAAACAACUUUUGAUGAAGAUGGAUUUCCCAUUUAUAGGAGAAGGAACACAGGUACUCAAGUCAAGAAGAACAAUGUCCUCUUAGACAACAGAUAUGUCGUCCCUUACAACAGGAAUUUGAUUGUCAAAUUUGAUGCACACAUAAAUAUAGAGCUAUGCAAUUACUCAAGGUCAGUGAAUUAUCUAUUUAAAUAUAUCAAUAAGGGAUCUGAUAGAGCAACUGCCACAAUAGAAUGUACUGAUACUGCUGAACUACAUGAUAAGAUAAAAAGAUAUUUAGACUGCAGAUAUAUAUCAGCUACAGAAGCUUGCUGGAGGAUAUUCAAAUUUGACAUACAUCAUAGAGAGCCAGCAGUUGAGCGUUUGCCAUUCCAUUUACAAGGAGAAAACAUAAUAAGAAGACCUAAUGCAGUAAAAACAAAAUUCACGGAAUGGUUCACGACGAACCAAAAAAAUGACGAUGCACAAGAACUGACGUAUUCAGAAUUUCCUACGCAUUGGGUUUGGGAUGCAAAUGGAAAAAAAUGGAAUAGAAGAAAAAUGGGCAAGGCAGUUGGUAGAAUUUACUUUGCACAUCCUGCAAGUGGAGAACGAUUUUACAUGAGAAUGCUACUGAAUUUCGUCAAAGGAAGCACUUUCUUUGAAAGCAUAAGAACAAUAAAUGGAGUAUCGUACAAAACUUAUAAGGAGGCAUGCUACGCAUUAGGGUUAUUGGAGGAUGACAAAGAGUGGAAUGACUGUUUGGCUGAAGCAGCAUGUUGGGCAUCAGGAAAUGAACUUAGAAAUCUAUUUGUCACGAUACUAAUUCACUGUCAAGUAUCUGAUUCAGCCAAAUUAUGGAGGACCAACUAUGAAAUUUUAUCAGAAGAUAUAACAUCAUUACAGCGAACGAGAUUUCAAGUGAAAGAUUUACAGCUAACUGAAAAACAGCUCGAAGCAUAUACGUCAUUUGAGCUUGAGACCAUACUUGUAAAGAUGGGAAAAAGUUUGAAAGAUAUAGAUGGAAUACCACUUCCAGAUUCUGCUUUGCUGAGUGACAGGGGAAAUCGUCUAAUUAAUAAGGAACUAGACUAUGACAAAGAAGAUUUAAAGAAAGUGCAUGACAAAUCGUUUGCACUAUUAAAUGAUUGUCAAAAGUCAGCGUAUGAAGCAAUAAUGGCAUCAAUUUCCAAUGAAGAAGGAUGUUUAUUUUUUAUAAUGGAACAUGGUGGUAUUGGAAAGACAUUUCUAUGGAAUACAAUAAUUUUGAAGCUGAGAUUGCAAUCAAAAAUAGUUCUCCCAGUUGCUACUUCCGGAAUAGCUGCUUUAUUGUUACCAAAUGGUAGGACAGCUCAUUCACAAUUUCAUAUUCUUUUUGACAUAAGUGCGGAAUCAACUUGUGAAAUAAAAAAAGGAAGUCAGUUAGCGGAACUACUGCUAAAAACUUCUUUGAUCAUCUGGGAUAAAGCACCAAUGGCAAAUAAAUUCUGUUUUGAAGCCUUAGACAGGACGCUGAGAGAUAUCCUUCGAGUGAAAUAUGAAAACAAUUCUGACAAAUCAUUUGGAGGUCUUACAGUCGUAUUUGGUGGGGAUUUCCGACAAAUACUACCAGAGAUUCCAAAGGAAACAUGCACUGAUAUUAUAGAUGCUUUGCUGAACUCCUCAUACUUGUGGCCAUUUUUAACCGUGUAUGAGUUGAAGCAAAAUAUGCGACUUUGUACUGGCAAAGUAACUGACCGUGAGGCUGCUGAAAUUACCACUUUCUACAAAUGGUUGUUACAAAUUGGAGAUGGAUCUUUUUAUGACGAUGUGAACAAUGAGCUCAUUAAAUUGCCUCCUGAUAUAUGCAUCACAUCAUCCAAUGAUCCAAUCGACUCAAUCGUUGAGGCAGCUUACCCAUCUCUCUUGCAGAAUUACAAUGACCCAGCAUAUUUGAAAGAAAGAGCAAUACUAACGCCUAAAAAUGAAAUGGUGCAGGAGUUGAAUGAUACAAUUAUGAAAAUGAUACCAGGUGAAGGAAGAACAUAUUUUAGCUCGGAUAAUGUGUGUAAAGCAAGUGUGAAUACUAAUGAUGAAAAUCUGUUAUAA